UCCAACAGUGGUUUAUCUAUGACCCUCAGGACUGUGUUCUUCUCCAACAGUGGUUUAUCUAUGACCCUCAGGACUGGGUCCUUCUCCAACAGUGGUUUAUCUAUGACCCUCAGGACUGUGUCCUACUCCAACAGUGGUUUAUCUAUGAUCCUCAGGACUGUGUCCUACUCCAACAGUGGUUUAUCUAUGACCCUCAGGACUGGGUCCUACUCCAACAGUGGUUUAUCUAUGACCCUCAGGACUGUGUUCUUCUCCAACAGUGGUUUAUCUAUGACCCUCAGGACUGUGUCCUUCUCCAACAGUGGUUUAUCUAUGACCCUCAGGACUGGGUCCUUCUCCAACAGUGGUUUAUCUAUGACCCUCAGGACUGUGCCCUACUCCAACAGUGGUUUAUCUAUGACCCUCAGGACUGUGUCCUACUCCAACAGUGGUUUAUCUAUGACCCUCAGGACUGUGUCCUACUCCAACAGUGGUUUAUCUAUGACCCUCAGGACUGUGUCCUACUCCAACAGUGGUUUAUCUAUGACCCUCAGGACUGUGUCCUACUCCAACAGUGGUUUAUCUAUGACCCUCAGGACUGUGUCCUUCUCCAACAGUGGUUUAUCUAUGACCCUCAGGACUGUGUCCUUCUUCAGCAGUUGUUUAUCUAUGAGGUACAUACACUGAACAUGGGAUAUGUUUCAA